AUGGAGUGGAAAUGCUGGAUGUCAUUAUUGAAGAGAAUUAACUCAGCCAUGGCGUUCCUAAAGGCUUUGAAAAAAAAAGCAGUGCUUGCAUUCGUCUGUAUCAGCUUUCUGUUGUCUCCAUUACAACUAGUCGAAAUAAAAAUAAGAGGUUCCGAACGGUGGAAAAUUCGCAGAUGUACAGCUGGUUUGCGCACAACCUUACAAAUAAUCUGUGUUAAUUGCAUGUUUUUAGGGCUUCGUAUGUAUCUACGGCGGGGCUACGAGAAAGAUGUAUCCAUUUUUAUUGCCAAAAAUGCUAUUGUCAUUUGCCUUGAUCUCUUUGAGAUAUGA